AUGAAGGAGAAACAAAGGGCUUGGUUGCUAGAUGGUCUCCGGGCCAUGGGUGCUCCUUUGGUUUUUGCUACGAUUGUGAGCCUCCUCUUCCAGGUCCCAGGACUUGACUGGUCCCAGCCGCUGCAACACUUCGAGUGCUUCAGCGGUGACAUGGAAGUGACCAAAGCGGAGUGGGCUGCUGAUCGGCAUGCAAUGCCGUUUGAUGUGAGAUUGGAUUCGGAGAGGAUGGACCUACUCUCCACGCAGGGCUUUGCGAACGCUCUCCACUGCGUAUGCAAUUUGCGCCCAGGUUCAGGCCAUCUCACGGCUCCGGUUUGCUCCACUUUCGUGUUCAUGAGUCGCGGCUCCACGUUGAGAUCAGCAUUGAAGCCUUUGGGCCGGAGGGACUCCAAGGCAUGCCAAGAUGGCAAUCUUUUGGCCGCGCGAGCUUUGGUGCUUGUGGUGCUGGCGGCGGCAAAGGCGGUGUUUUGGGUGCUAGAACAACCCAUGACGUCAUGCAUGGAGUGGCAUCCACUUUUCCAAAAGGUCAUCAGGAUGACUGGGAUGCAAAAGCUGCUGGUCACAAUGGGCAAGUUUGGUGCACCAACACCAAAAAAGACUCUUUUGUACACCAGUCAUGGUUGCUUGGCUGACAUCACCGAGUAUGAGAUUGAGCCCGACUAUAGUGACAACAAGGAAAUGGUGGUUCGCUAUACCAACGCCAAAGGAGGCGCCUCGAAAUCAUCUGAAGGCCUUCAACUUCACCUGCCAGAAGGCGGAGAGAGGGAAAGAGGGCGACCGAAAGAAAGGUCAGUCAAGGUGGAUCCAGUGCCCACCAAGAUCCCUGACAAGAAGCAGAAAGUGAAGAAGGAGAAAAAGGAAAAGGAUAAGAAAGAGGAGAAAAGUGAUAAGAAGCGUGAGGGAAGCAAGAAAAGGGUGGCCGCAGAAGCCCAGGAGGCCCAGGAGAAAGAAGUGGCCAAGUUGAAGGAAGUGCAGGAGAAGGCUGGAGAAAAGAAAGAAGCGAAGGGUGAAGGCAAGAGGGAAAAGAGGGAUAAGAAGGGUAAGAAGGAAAAGAAAGACAAGAAAGACAAGAAGGAAAAGAAGAAGGGAACAAAGAAGAACGUGAAGAAAGAGUCAAAGAAAAGGAGGUCGGAUGAGAAGAGUGAUGCGAAAAGAAUCAAGUACGUACCAUGUGUGAAAGAGAAGAUAGAGCACAUCUUCGAUGACAAGGGUGACUCGAGGGCUGAUGAAGGGUGCAGUGAGGCGACUACAAGAAGCAGCUCACGUGUCCGAAGCACGACGAGCAUGUCGUCCAAAGAGAAGGCUGAGCAAAAGCUCAGAGAGUUGACUGCUAUCAUGGGUGAUUCCGACCACGACGAGAGUGAGGAGGUGACUGAUGAGGAGGAGCUCUUGGCGAUGGGAGACGAGGUCAACGCAGAAGGCGCAGAAGAAGAAGACAGCGAUGAAGGAGAAGCAGAUUCAGAAACCGAAGAAGAAGAAGCAGAAGAGAUGGGAAGCGAGGAGGAGGAGGAUAAGGAGGAGGAUGAGGGCAACAGCAGUGAAGAAUCCGGGGAUGAGGCGGAGGAUGACGAUGAGGGUGAAACUUCGGGAGAAUCGGAGGAAGAAAAGGAUGACAACAAAGAAGAGAAGGAACGUGAGCAGGAGGAGAAGAAGAAGUUGGAGCACGCUUUGGUCCCAGUGGUCAAAACGUCUCAAGAGAGCGUUCAAGUUAUGAGGAACUCAAUGACUAACAAAAAAGAGUGGGACACCUUCACCAGACAGGCAAAGACCAAGAUGCCCAUCGCGCUCAAUGACACCUAUCAGGCUUCGAAAACUGAACUCUUCAACAUGUGGCUCGACUCGAAUUACAGCUGGUCUGCCUGCGCUUUAGCAGUAGAACGAAAGCAUCAGGAGAGCAACACUGCAAAGAAGGGAUGGAAGGCAAUACAGGGGAAAGAGCUCAAGAAUCGCUACACUGCUGAGAAGUGGGAGCAGGUAAAGAAAAAGAGACUCGAGCAAGGGCUCUAUUACAAGGACGAUGACUUCCCAGACGACGAUGAUGAAACUUGGUACUUUGUCAAAGAAGGAGAAAGUGUCUCGAACAAGGUGGAAGUACAAGAGUCCAUGACGUUGGCCGCUCGACUGGACAUGGACGAGAACAUGAGACAAGCCAUUACCAAUGAAGAGAAUGGACUCAUGAAGGUUGGUGCUUUGCCAAAAGUCAGUGUGGCCAGCACUUCUGGCAACAAAGCCUUGAUGGAAGCGAUCGGGGACAAGGUGAGCGCCCCUGCAAAGAGAAAGCCCAAGAAAGAGGAGGAGAAACCGGAGAGUGUCACCCCAUUAACUUGGGUUGGCAAGGGGAAGAGCACCUUACCUGAAGUCUUGAAAGCGGCGGCUGACUGUCGCACUGCGUCCUUGAAGCUUGCUGGGAUGGAGUACGCCCAAGAGUUGGCUGGAAACCUUUUGAAGCAGGCUGAGGAACUGGAGAAGCACUACAAACUCCUGGCAAAGCACGUCAACAAUGAGUCCGAGAAGGAUGUCAAGCUAGUGUUGGGAACGACUUCAACCCGCUUGGCUGCAGUGGAGCAAGCGCAGGCUUGGCAUUCGUUUGUGAGAUGUUGUAGUGAAAUCUUCUGA